GAUUUCAUGAAAGCACUCAGGUGUCAUCAUACGAUACAUGCUAGUUAAACUUGCCGGAUUUAUGUCAAGCAUUUAAGAGUAGACUUUCUGUUUUUUAGCUAUGAUUUCUGGAAUCGGAAUUUAAUUUCCUCACAUAUCGAUCUAUAUGCUUAUAUUGGAUCAGUGCAGCAAAGCGGUGUGCGAUAGCUCUGACAAAUGUUAGCAAAGUGCUAACAACAGUGACAGCAGCAACUAGUUUCAUCCAUGCGAUACAGUCGCUGUCAUUUCCACUGACAGUCUGUUUCCUGGGAUCGUGUAGAGCCUGACAGAAGACAUUAUGGAGCUGCAGGCAGUGCUGAUGGCAGCUGGAGGGGGCUCUCGUAUGACAGACUUGACUUACAACACCCCCAAGCCUAUGUUACCUGUUGGCAACAAGCCAGUUAUCUGGUACCCUCUCAAUCUACUGGAAAGAGUGGGUUUUGAAGAGGUAAUAGUCAUAACCACCAAAGAAGUCCAGAAGAUGAUGAGCACAGACCCUAAAAUAAAGGAGGUCAGAAUGAAACUUGAUGUGGUUUGCAUCCAGGAAGAUGGAGACAUGGGCACUGCAGACACUCUUAGGCACAUCCAACAGAAAAUAAAGACGGACAUUUUGGUUUUGAGUUGUGACCUUAUAACUGAUGUGGCUCUACAUGAAGUGGUCGACCUGUUCCGUGCCCACAAUGCCACCAUGGCCAUGUUAAUGAGCAAGACGCACGAGUUCACAGAGACGGUCCCGGGGCAGAAGGGCAAGAAGAAAACAGCUGAGCAGAGGGACUUUGUCGGCGUGGAUCAUUCAGGCAAGAGGCUGCUCUUCAUGGCCAACGAGGCAGAUCUGGAAGAUGGACUGUCGAUCAGGAAAUCUAUAAUGAGAAAACACCCUCGGAUGCACAUCAAAACCGGACUUGAAGACGCUCACCUCUACUGUCUCAAAAAGGCUGUGGUGGACUUUCUUACAGAAAACAAAUCUAUCUCAUCAAUUCGUGGGGAGUUGGUGCCUUAUCUUGUACGCAAACAAUUUUCAAAAACAACCAACAGUUCUAAAAUCAAAGAUGACACGGACGAUCAAAGCCAAAAUAAAACUGACAGCGUAGCCAUCCACGAGCUUCUGAUUUCAUCCCGGGAUGAGGCUCUGCUUCAGCUGGCCCAGGAGCGGUCCUGUUGGAAUGACCACCGAGGGGACAUGAGCGAGGCGUACCACGGGGGGAAGCUGCGCUGCUACGUUCACAUAAUGGACCAGGGCCUGUGCUUCCGGGUCAACUCUCUGGCUGCCUACAUUGAGGCCAACCGACUGGCCCCAAAACUGUUUGAGGAGCCAGCAGUCCAUCCAUCUGCUGUCAUUUCUGAAAGAUGUCAGAUGGGUUCAGACAGUAUAAUUGGAGAGAAGUGCCAGAUUGCAGAUAAGACGUCUAUCAAGAGGGCCACCAUUGGAAACUACACUUCGAUUAAAGAGAAGGUCAAAAUCGCCAACUCCAUCAUCAUGCAUCAUGUGACCAUUGAAGAGGGGUGCAAUAUCCAAGGCAGUGUGAUCUGCAGUAAUGCUGUGAUUGGGAGAGGAGCAGACCUGAAAUACUGUCUUGUUGGAAACGGACAACGGAUUGAUGCAGAGUCCGAGAGGACCAACGAGGUCAUCGUGGGAACUGAUCAGCUGAUGGAAAUCUAAACAAUUAACCAGUCAGAAGGGAGCAUGUAAGGCAUUGCUAUGGGCUCUUUGUACAUUGUGUCUACAUUUUAAUAAAGCCUGACCUCAUACAUUA